AUGUCGGCCCAGCCCGAGUAACGACUUCGACAAAAACAUUUUAUCACUAUUUGGAUAGUGUCUACACCCAAGGCGGUGGCGAUUGUCCGGAGAUGACAAUAACUGGGAUAGAAUUGGCUCUAGAAGCGUCCCGUCCAAACUCGUUGAUCUACGUGUUCACAGACAGCAGUGCAAAAGACUACAACCGUACAACCAACGUGCUCAAUCUAAUACAACAAAAACAAAGUCAGGUUGUAUUCGUCCUAACCGGGUUUUGUAACUCAACAGACGAACCAGGAUUCGAAGCCUACCGACAGAUUGCCACUGUGAUGAACGAGUUCAUGCAAGUUGUUGAGGCCGCAGUUGAGGCUCGAAAAGUGCACAUUUUGCAGCAAGACACUUGGGGUGAAAAUGCCAAAACGUACAGUUUCCCAGUUGACGCGCAUCUCACACAGCUGACUGUCCAUGUGACCAACCACAAGCGUAGCCAAUCUAUCGAAGUGCGAAUACGUAACCAGGAAGGAAAACUCAUCGGACAUGAGGAUGGCCUGAAGCGUCUAAUGAAAGCAGUUCAUUCUGUGUUUGCUGGUUCGAUCGACCGACCUGCUCCGGGCGAGUGGACAUUGGAAGUCAGCACGAAAAUGGAUGACGCGGCUUCGUCAACGGAAACUCCCGAGGAUGGGGAAGAGCCUGAAGAUCAACAGGCAUUCUCAGUACGCAUCUCCGGCAUCAGUGAUGUGGAUCUGUUACAAGGAUUUGCAACCACAUCCCAUCCAUUCAACUACGGCACGUCACGUCAGCCGAUCGGUGGGGUAAAAAAUUACAUCAUGGUGAACAUGACUGGACGUUUUCAGCCCGGACGAAUAGAUUAUUUUGAUAUGCGGUCGCCAAAUGGGACAUCACUUGCCCGAAUUCCGGCCAAGCAAACUCCCAACACACAAAUCUACGUCAGCCAACAUCCGGUCGAUCCACUUCACGAUCAUGCUUAUCUGCAGGUCUCCGGUCGCGAUAGCCGAGGUUUCGCUCUGCAACGCUACUCGAAAGUUGCUUUGUCUGGACGUAAACCUCGUCCGAUUGUGAUCACUUGCCCUGCCAAAGUAGAACUGCAACGCGGAGCAACAAGUGAACUGUCUUGUUUCGUUAGCAGCGAAAUUCCGUACACUAUCAAAUGGUACAAAGAUGGCAAACAUUUGGGAGGACGUCCAGAUGAGAAUCAAGUUUACAAUUUCGCUUCCGAUGUGAAGUUUGUCAUAUCCGAUGCAAAUGAAGACUCCCACGGAAUCUAUGCCGCCGAGGUUGUUCCAACUGUGGCUUCGAGCGAACUGAAAAUUGAGGGUGAAUAUAAAGAUGAAGUGGCCGUUGUUAUUUUGCCUCCUCCGCCACGGGUCCUAGUUCCACGAAACUCCAGCGUCGAACCGGGAGCGGAUGCAGUUCUGACUUGCAACGUGUUCAGCUUGGAUGAGGAUGUGCAGAUUCGAUGGUUUAGAGGUUUGGAACCGAGGUUUGAACUGAAAGAAGGACGACGAUAUCGGGUGGAGACUCAACAGGCUUCACCCUCGGGCGGCCCAACAAAAGCUCUGAUCAGCAAGUUGACCGUCACUGCAGCUACAAAAAGCGAUUCCGGUCGAUAUGUAUGCGAGGCAAAACACAAAGGUGGUGUGAGCGAAGCGGACGGGUUUCUGCACAUCCACAUACUUCCCCAAGUGACCACCACCUCAGAGGAAAUUAUGUUCAAGGAAGGUGGCAGCUUGGUCCUCGGUUGUCUCACCGAGGGAGUUCCACAACCAAAGAUCUCAUGGCUGUUCAACAAGGUACCAAUAGCAAUCAGUGGGAUGGAUCAGUCACGCAUCACAAUACACGAGGAAUUUUAUGAGUCUCGUUUGAUUAUCCAACCAGCCGGUGAAAAGGAUGCUGGGCAGUACAGUUGCGUGGCGACCAAUUCGGCCGGGAACAACAGCGCUGUGAUUUUGGCCAGCUAUAUAUCGAUUCCGAAAAUUGAAAAGCUCGAAAUGUCUAAUAUGAGUCCGGUCGUUGGAAAAGGACAAACGUUUACUUGUCACGUGUCCGGACAGCCAAAACCUCGCAUUAAGUGGGAGUUUAAUGGAAGUCCAGUUUCCACCGGUACUCAAAUUCGCAUUGAUGAAGACCAAGGAAAACUUGAUCUACUGGUCAUUGAUCAUCGAAUGAAGGGCGAAUGGGCGUGUAUUGCUGAAAAUUUGGCUGGUAGCGCUCGCGCAUCCAUUCAGUUGGAUGUUGGAUUCCCUCCAAAAAUCCGUACGGAAACUGACAGAUCCAAGGUCUCCGCAGAAUUCUCCAUGGAUGCAACCCUCCUAUGUCCGGUGAUUGGUCAACCGACUCCAACAGUCAAAUGGUACCGAGUCACCUCCUCCGGAAAUGUCCCGAUCAAAUUCGGGGAUAGAUACCAGUUACACAAAGAUAACUCUUUGUACAUCCAAGAUGUCAAUAUGGAAGAUGGCGGAACAUUUGUGUGUGAAGCGGUCAACAUGUACGGCAAAGUUAGUCACUCGGUGAUCGUGGAAAUCGGAGGAACUAAAGCACCAUCGAUUUCUUUCACCCAACCGAGACAAGUAGCUCUACAAGGUCUACAAGAGAAACGUUUGAAUUGCAACGUAUUGGACGCAAAACCUGCAGCCACAGUGAUGUGGUUGAAAGACAAUCAACCAAUCGAUUUUGACCUCUCUUCCAAAUAUGGACUGGAUAAGUACGAUCUGAUCAUUCGUGAUAUCAAGGCAAAAGACGAAGGUAUUUACACUUGUAUCGCCCGAAAUGCUGUGGGCAAGGCAAAAUUCGAUAUAGAACUCGACGUUCAGUCAAAGCCAGCUUUCUUGGAUCCGGAAACCGGCACACUAAUUGAGGUUACACAAGGCGAUAACCUAGCUCUUGAGUGCCAGGUAGAAGGUGAUCCAAAACCGACUGUAGAGUGGCGCAAAGAUGGGCGACGCAUAUUACCCCACGGCCCGACAACAUCCGAACGCGGAAUCGGCAACGGGAAUGGAGCUAGCGGUCCGGCUGUGGUUGUCUCACCGGACGGGUAUACAUUGACUAUUUAUUCGGUCAACGACGCCGUGGCUGGCAGUUUUACUUGUUCCGCCAUCAAUGUACACUCGAUUGAAACCAAGGAAUUUCGAGUCUCUGUCAAAACUCCUCCGGUCAUUUCAAAGGACGGCCCGUCUGAGUUUGAGCUUGGACAAAUGGAAGUGGGCCUACUCACAUGUCUGGUGACUGCCAGUCAACCACAAGCCACGGUUCGCUGGUUCAAGAAUGGUCAACCGUUGCUUCCUAUUCCCGGCAGAAUAAGCUUUUUGGACAACGGACACACUGUGGAAGUGCGUGGAAAGAUGGAGGAUGACUCAGGCUCUUUCGAAUGUCGCGCAGAAAACGAGGCCGGGACUGAUUCUCGAUUCUACCAAGUCACCAUACUCGUUCCACCAACGGUAACCUCAAGAGAUAAAAUUACCCGACGCUUGGUUGGCCCAGGAAGUACUGUGGAAAUCGAAUGCGGCAUGACUGGCUAUCCAGAACCACGCCUAACGUGGCAAUGGAACGGCAAACCUCUGGUCACGAACACAGCCACUGGUACCGGGAAGCAAGACGGUACCGUAUCAAACUUGGGCAUCCAAAUUGUACAACAAAGCCCGGAACAAAGCAAUCUGAUUAUCAGAGACAUGAACUCUGAACUGCAAGGAAAUUUCACUUGCGUCGGAACAAACAAAGGUGGAUCCACGGAGAUUGUAUACGAGGUGAUUGCGUUAGAGAAACCUGUAAUUGAAGAUUUCAAUGAAAAAGCCGUGGUAUUUGUGAACAACACGAUCACACUGACGUGCGAAGCGAUCGGAAGUCCUCCACCAAAAAUAACAUGGUUCUUCCAAGGUCAACCGUUGAAUCUUAACAAGACCUAUGGUUAUCGACUAGUUGGACCGAAGAAUUUGAUGCUACUCUCGGCCAGUCCGUAUCAAGGUGGUGAAUACACUUGUCUGGCGGAAAACGAAGCGGGCUCGGCCAAAGCAACAACAAUACUAACUGUGUUCGAACCAACCAGUGAUCGACAAAUGGCACAAAAUCUCACCAUCAAAACAAUCGAGAUUGGCGGGAAUAUCACGUUCACUUGUGUCAUGAGUUCCAAUCCACCGGCUCAAAUCAAAUGGCUGAAAGAUGAAAAAGACAUAUUCAGUGUAAUGCCCCAAGGUGGCGACCAUCGUUCAUCAACCGGCGAUCAAAUGAACAAAGACUUCACGUAUCCGUUUAGAAUUUCAAAACCACUGUUCAGUUCCUCGAUGGAAAUAUGUGCUCCUGUUCUGUCGAAGUUAACAUUUUCGUGUCCUUUGUUGCAUAAUAAACGGGCAAAUCGAAUGAUUAUUGCAAUGACAUUUAUUCAUUGA